AUGACGCUAAUAGAAGACAGUGGAAGUUGGUCAUCUCUGCAUCCGGAUCUGUUGGAAAUGAUUUUACAAAAUUUAUCACUGAGAGAAUAUUUCAAAUGUCGACAAAUAUGUCGAUAUUGGCGAGAUGCAGUUGAUAAUGCAACAAAGAGAUGUCCUCCUGCGUCUCAAUUUCCAUUUUUGUUGUUUCCUCACCCCUCUCCGAGCGACAGUGCCACUGUUUUGGACCUCAAACGAGACAGAGACAACCCACUUCACACAAUUUCAAUUGAAGAUUGGGAAGGUCAAUUCGACGUCCUUCAGUCACUAGAAGGAUGGUUGAUGUUUUUCAAAAUUUGUUCCGCGGAAAUUAUUAAUAGAAUGAUUUCCGUUUUUCUCAAUCCAAUAUCUGGUGAAAAAUACCAGUUUCCACCGUUGUCAGUAGGCCGCUAUUUUAAUCCUCUUUUUGUUAAAGUUACGUUCACUUCCAGGCCUGGUUCUCCAGAUUUUCUUGUGGCGAUCUUACUUACAAAUCUGCGGAAAAAUCCGCUUCGGCAACAGCUAGCUUAUUGCAAGGUCAGUGACACGUCCUGGACUCUUAUUGAAACGGAUAGAUCAUCUUGUUUCCAUGAAAUCGUAAUGGUUGGUUUGAAAUUAUAUGCUAUUGAUGCAUUCAAAUCAGAGUGUUUGACCGUUUUUAAUCUAGGAGAUCUCAAUGACAUUACAUGUGAAAGACUAGUUAUGGUUGAUUCAAAACUAAUUGUGAAGGUUCCUCGCCAUCUGGAUGAUCAUAAUGAUCUUCUUCACUAUUGUGAUGACCUUGAGACAUGUUGGUUGGUAAGGGACAGUGAAGAAGUCUUGUUAGUUAUUUGUCAUAUGAAUUUCGUGACUGACAAGGACGGCAAAUACUUGAUUCAUGCGAAAGGAUUUCGCAUCUUUAAGCUGGACAUGAGUGGCCCUCGUUGGAUAGAGCUUCAUAGCUUGAAUGAUCGUGUCUUGUUAAUGGAUUCCGACAGUAUUCAACUUAUGUCUACUAAGGACCUUGAUCUUCCAGGCAAUGGUGUUUUAUUCUGUUUUAAUAACACGCUUAGUUCAUCAUUUGAAAAGCGUAAUCUUGGAGUCUUCUCUCUAAAGGACAAGAAAACUACUCUGAUUCGCUUCAAUCUCCCUUCACAAGCAUCAGGUCGAUGUCUGUGGUUCAGUCCUCGUCCUUGA